AUGCCAGGAAAGAAAACCCCAUCCAAACAAAGCAUGACUAAGAAAGCUCAGCCAACUCAAGUCUCGUCUCCAGAGGACGAAAACGAUGAAAAAUCUCGUAUCACUUCUCAUGAGCGCGCAGGGCUAAUUUUCCCAGUUGGAAGAAUUUUAAGAAUUAUGAAAGAAGGCCGUUUGGCUGAUAGAAUUUCUGACAAAAGUGCCGUUGCUAUUGCAGCGGUAUUAGAGUACCUGUCAGCUGAAAUUAUUGAACUCGCUGGAGACCAAGCUAAAGAAGAACGAGUUAUGAAGAAGCAUAUGAUAAAGCCCCGCCAUAUAACGCUUGCCAUUAGGGCUGAUGAAGAAUUAAAUGAACUUGUGGGCGAAAAUGUUAUUAUUCCUAUGGGUGGAAUUAUCCCACACAUUGAGCCAGAAAUAGAGCAAAAGCCAAAGAGAAAAAGAGCUAAGAAAUCCAUGGGCGGCGAAGAAGAGGAGGAAAGUGGAGAAGAAGGUGGAGACAUGGAAUAA